CCUGCUCCAGUCUGUCUGCCAGGAAGGCUUUGCCUCACCUGUCUUAGACACACCCAGCUCCCCUGUUGGAGAUCGUCCACUUGCUGGUACCACAGCUCGUCUGUCUCCAUCUCAGUUUUCUCGUGGGUCAUUGAGACUUCUCCAUCACAGCCUCCCCAUGCUGCGCACUGGGCUGCAGAUGCUGCCGCUGCUGUGGCUUCUACUGUGGACGUCCAAAUUGGGGCUCUCCAAGCCACUAAGCUCAGAGGAUCCCCCGGUUGUCAUGGUGUAUAAGGACAUGCCCAUCCAGGGUAAUGGAAGCCAUGAAGAAGUGCCUACGAAGAUCACUGAGGAAGACACAGUGACUGACGAUGACCUCUAUGACUAUAAUGUCUUCCACUUGCAAAUGGUGGAGAUCAAAAAUCCAAUCUAUAAACAGUUCAGGAAGAGCCCACACAGCGUGUACAUGGUCUUCAACAAAACGGAGCUUCGGGAAGCUGUGCCUAAUCCAUCUUUGUUGUACUGGGCAGAGCUGCACCUGUACAGACGCAAGCAGUUCAAGGAGCAGCUAGUGGCGGUGUAUGAGAAAUGCAAAAACAAUACCUGGCACUACCUGAGCUAUCGACCCAUGGCUCCCAGCAACAAAUUAGAUAAGCUGUAUUUUGAUGUCACUGAAGUUGUGCGGCGGUGGCUGAACCAAGAAGAUGAUAUUGAGGUCUUCCGCCUAAGAUCACAGGGGUUUGCUAAUUACAAGGAUAGUGUCCUCCAAAUGGACAUCAUUGGGAUCACACCCAGCAGCGAUGGUGACAUUUCUGAAGCUGACAGCCUGAGCCGGCCCUUCUUGAUCCUCCUGACCUUCCCGCCAGAGAAGACGAAGCAUGAUGACAGCUCCCAGCACCCCUGAGAC